CACGGAUGGUUUCCUACAAAUAUCUACAUGUAUGAGCCUAAAUCUUGAAAACAUGUAUCUCUAAACCCACACUUAUUUGAAUAGACUGUUAAUUGGCAGUUAGUUUAUUUAUUAAAAGAUAGGUAAUAAGCUGGGAAUCGGUUGCUUCGCUUCAAUGAACUCUGGGAUUUGCAGUUUGCCUCACACGAGUUUGCUCGCCAUGUGGAGCCUGUUUUAAGCUUAACAGAUACCAACUUUCCAACCCCGAGCUAACUUUGUGUGGUGUUGACGUCCAUCAUGUCAUUUUGUUUUAACUUCGACGUGCACGCAGAAACAACAAAUCCAGGCGACUUGGAUGGAAAUGAAUUGCGAAAGGGAAAAAACGACCACACUGAUAAAUCUACGGAAGACAAUACCAAACCAGCAGAGCCAGUAAAAGAGGCCAAAGAGCACCAUCCACCACCUGACCCACAUCUCAUCCUUGCGGAUGUCGUCUGUGAAACAGUCACCAUUGGAAUUCUCCCUCCUCUCCACUUCCUCAAUGAGACAAUUUUUGAGAAGACUGUGUCAGAGAGAGAGGAUGAGGAGAAAAUUCUUUCCCGCACUACGGAGCAGAGGUCUGAUCUCAUCUCUGGCUUGUACGAGGGAGGGCUGAAGGUGUGGGAGUGCACUUACGACCUUCUGGAGCUGAUUGAGAAAGACGGAGAGACCUUUGGGGGGAAGGCGGUUUUGGAUUUGGGCUGCGGUGCGGGGCUGCUGGGGAUAUUGGCUCUGAAGAGAGGAGCCAGGCAGGUCCACUUCCAAGACUAUAACAGUACAGUUAUUGAACAGCUCACAGUGCCAAAUGUAAUACUAAACUGCCAAGAGGAUGAUGUUGACAGCGAAGAUGACAUAGAAGGGAGGGGAAAAGGAAAAAUCCAGGAGGUGGAUUCUUGUAAAACAAAGGCGAAAGAAGAACUAAAAGAAGGCAACCCACCUCCUAAGAAAAGAGCUGUUGACCCAUCCCUGCAUCCACUACUAGCCAGGUGCCAUUUCUUCUCUGGUGACUGGAGCACAUUUCUUACUCUGGUUCUAAAGAAAGACCCGCCACCAAAAUACGACAUCAUCUUCACGUCAGAGACUAUCUACAACACCGCAUACUACCCUGCUCUACAUGAGGCCCUUCGCAAACUGCUGGCAGCAGACGGACUGGUCUACCUCGCCACCAAAUCCCACUACUUUGGUGUAGGUGGUGGGCUGCACCUGUUUGAGACGUUUGUGGAGGAGAGGGGUAUUUUCUCCAUGGAUCACCUGUGGGAUAGUGAAGAAGGACUUCAGAGACAUGUAGUAGUCCUACGUUUUAAAAAGGACACUUAAGUUGUGGGUUGAAUAUGCAGCUUUAUUCAGAGACUCUGUGUUCUGUUAAAUGGGAAUUAGGAUUACUACACAGUUGAAUUGAUAUAAAGAAUGUAAGGAUUGUCUUUUAGUCCUCUACAUGGAGUCUGUACAUGAGUGUAACAGUGAUAAAACAAGAAAAAGCUGUAAUAAAAUAUGCUGUCUCGUC